ACUACAGCAAACUCGGGACUUGCCUGGGCGCUGCAGCUCCUCGGCGGGGAUUCGCUUCUGCAGCCUGAUUUGCUGGGAAGCUGCCAGCCGACUGCCACCUCCUCCUCCUCUCUGCAGGCAGCUCUGCCCUGUUCUCCGCUCGUCGCCUGUGUUUCCAGUGACAAAAUGACCCACCGGACUAGAGGGACGCGGGGCUGAAUCCCUCCGGCAGGGCACGGAGCGGAGGAGCCGGGGAUGCGGCCGGAGGAUGCGGCGGGGAAGGAUGGGGAUGUUCAGGGGCUCCCAGCCUAGGAACAGGAGAGAGGAGGCUGAGAAGCACAAGACACAGGAGCCAUGUCCGCGCGUGGCCGGUGCGCCAAGGUGCUCCCCUCCGAACUGAACAAGGUGUGCCCCAAGAGAGGAGAUGAGCCUGCCACACAGCCCAGGAAGAUGAGCGACUUUGAGGUGGUGCCCAACCUGCAGCAGAGCAGUAGCAGCGUCUCGAAGAGCAGGCGGAAGGCUCAUUUCCCCACUGGCAGCAAUGAAAAGGAAAAUCUCAUCUCCUGGAUUCCUGAAAACAUCCGGAAGAAGGAAUGCACCUAUUUUGUAGAAAGUUCCCAGACAUCAGAUUCUGGGAGGAUCGUUUGUGAGUGUGGCUAUCUCAGGGAACAGCACCUGGACGAUGCUGCCAAACUUCCCAUCUUCCUGGGGAAGGAAUGGGAUCCCCGCAGGCACAUCCAGGAAAUGCCAACGGAUGCCUUCGGCGAUAUCCGCUUCACAGGCCUGGGACAGAAGACAGGGAAGUAUGUGCGUGUCUCCUCGGAUACCCCUCCACGGGUCAUCUACCACCUCAUGACACAGCACUGGGGCCUCGAUGCACCCAACCUGCUCAUCUCAGUCACCGGGGGAGCCAAAAACUUCAUCAUGAAGCCAAGGCUGAAGAACAUCUUCCGGCAAGGGCUAGUCAAGGUGGCCCAGACCACAGGAGCCUGGAUCAUCACGGGGGGGUCCCACACUGGUGUGAUGAAACAGGUGGGAGAGGCAGUGCGAGACUUCAUCCUGAGCUGCAGCCACAAGGAGGGCGACAUCGUCACCAUCGGCAUUGCCACCUGGGGGACCGUGUACAACCGGGACAGCCUCGUCUGCCCCAUGGGGGGCUUUCCUGCUGAGUAUGUGCUGGAUGAGGAGAACCAAGGCAGCCUGUCAUGCCUGGACAGCAACCAUUCCCACUUCAUCCUGGUGGAUGAUGGCACCCACGGGAGGUAUGGGGUGGAAAUCCCCCUGAGGACCAGGCUGGAGAAGUUCAUUUCAGAGCAGACCAAGGUGAAAGGAGGCGUGGCCAUCAAGAUCCCCAUCGUGUGUGUGGUGCUGGAAGGAGGCCCUGGGACUCUUGAUACCAUCUACAACGCCAUCACCAACGGGACCCCCUGUGUGAUUGUGGAAGGGUCCGGCCGUGUGGCCGAUGUCAUCGCCCAGGUGGCCAAUCUGCCCGUGGCCAAGAUAACCAUCGCCUUGAUCCAGAAGAAACUGAGCAUCCUCUUCCAUGACACCUAUGAGCUCUUCACCGAGAGCAAACUGGUGGAGUGGACCAAGAAGAUCCAAGACAUAGUGCGGAGCCGGCAGCUCCUGACCAUCUUCAGAGAGGGCAAAUACGGCCAGCAGGACGUGGAUGUGGCCAUCCUCCAGGCCCUCUUCAAAGCAUCCCGAAACCAGGACCACUUUGGUCGUGAGAACUGGGACCACCAGCUGAAGUUGGCUGUGGCCUGGAACAGGGUGGACAUUGCCCGAAGCGAGAUCUUCACAGAUGACCACGACUGGAAGCCCUCAGAUCUCCACCCCGUGAUGGCAGCUGCCCUGAUUUCCAACAAGCCAGAGUUUGUGAAGCUGUUCCUGGAGCAGGGAGUGCGUCUCAAGGAGUUUGUCACCUGGGACACCCUGGUUUACCUCUACGACAACCUGGCCCCAUCCUGCCUGUUCCACAGCAAGCUGCAGAAGGUGCUGCUGGAGGAGAGAGAGCACACAGCCGGCUCCAAAAUGCCAAGGCUCCAGAUGCACCACGUCUCCCAGGUGCUGCGGGAGCUGCUGGGCUGCUCCACACAGCCGCUGUACCCCAAGCCCAAGCACACGGAGCGGCCCCGGCUCUCCAUCCCCGUGCCGCACAUCAAGCUGAACGUGCAGGGGUCAAGUCUCCGGUCCCUCUGCAAGCGCUCUGCUGGCCGAGUCACCUUCACCAUGGACCCCGUCCGGGACCUGCUCAUCUGGGCCGUGGUCCAGAACCGCAAGGAGCUGGCAGAAAUCAUCUGGGCCCAGAGCCAGGACUGCAUGGCAGCUGCGCUGGCCUGCAGCAAAAUCCUGAAGGAGCUGGCCAAGGAGGAGGAGGACACGGACACCACCGAUGACAUGCUGGCCCUGGCUGAGGAAUACGAGCACAAGGCAAUUGGCGUGUUCACAGACUGCUACCGCAAGGAUGAAGAGAGAGCCCAGAAGCUUCUCACCCGUGUCUCUGAAGCCUGGGGGAAGACAACCUGUCUGCAGCUGGCGUUGGAGGCCAAGAACAUGAAUUUUGUGUCCCAUGGGGGUGUCCAGGCUUUUCUAACCAAGGUCUGGUGGGGGAAGCUGUGUGUGGACAACGGGCUUUGGCGGGUGAUUACGUGCAUGCUGUUCUUCCCCCUGCUCUACACCAACCUCAUCACCUUCAGCAGGGAGAAGAGGCUGCAGCCCAUGGGCUGCCUGACACGUCUCCGAGCCUUCUUCACAGCACCCAUCGUCAUCUUCCUCAUGAACAUCCUCUCCUACUUCACCUUCCUCCUGCUCUUCGCAUACGUCCUGAUGGUUGACUUCCAGCCGAUGCCAACCUGGCGGGAAUACCUCAUCUACUUCUGGCUCUUCUCCCUGGUGUGCGAGGAGACCCGCCAGCUGUUGUAUGACCCAGACGGACUCGGGGUAGUGAAAAUGGCUUCCCUGUACAUCAAGGACUUCUGGAAUAAGCUGGACAUCUGCGCCAUUCUGGUCUUUAUCGCAGGGCUGACUUGCAGGCUGAUCCCAUCAACAUUAUAUCCUGGGCGCAUCAUACUGUCCCUGGCUUUUAUCAUUUUCUGCCUGCGCCUGAUGCACAUUUUCACAGUCAGUAAAACACUGGGGCCCAAGAUCAUCAUUGUGAAGCGCAUGAUGAAGGAUGUCUUCUUCUUUCUCUUCCUGCUGGCAGUGUGGGUGGUGUCCUUUGGGGUGGCCAAGCAGGCUAUCCUGAUCCACAACGAGGAACGCGUGGAGUGGCUUUUCCGUGGCGUGGUCUAUCACUCCUACCUGACCAUCUUCGGGCAGAUUCCCUCCUACAUCGAUGGGGUCAACUUCAACAUCGACCAGUGCAGCCCCAAUGGGACCGACCCCUACAAGCCCAAGUGUCCAGAGACAAACGCGGACAACAAGAAACCCAUCUUCCCAGAAUGGCUGACGGUCAUCUUGCUGUGCCUGUACCUGCUCUUCACCAACAUCCUCCUCCUCAACCUCCUCAUCGCCAUGUUCAACUACACCUUCCAGCAGGUGCAGGAGCACACGGACCAGAUCUGGAAGUUCCAGCGGCACGACCUGAUCGAGGAGUACCACGGCCGCCCACCCGCGCCCCCACCCCUCAUCCUGCUCAACCACCUGCAGCUCCUGGUCCGGCGGGGCUUGCUCCGCCGGCCGGCCACGCACCACAAGCUCAAGGAGAAGCUGGAGAAGAACGAAGAAGCUGCCCUUCUCUCAUGGGAGAUGUACCUGAAGGAGAACUACCUGCAGCACCAGCAGUGCCAGGAGAAGCAGAACACGGAGCAGAUGAUCCGGGACAUUGCACAGAGGGUUGAUGUACUGGCAGAGCUGCUGGACUUGGACCGGGUGAAGAGGACAGGGGUAGUGGAGCAAAGACUGGGCUCUCUGGAGGACCAGGUGCAGCAGAGUGCCCAGGCCCUGAGGUGGAUGAUGCAGGCGCUGAGGGGCAAUGGCUUCAGCUCAGGCGAGGAUGUGCCGCCCGUGGGCUCCUCCAAAGCCUUGGACACCAAGGAGAUUGACCUGGAGGGGAGACCCGAGGAGAGCCAGCCCCCGUACCACGUGCUUGCCCGAAACCUCCUGUACCCUGGGUCUCACACUCUCCGCUUCCCUGUGCCAGAUGAGAAGGUGCCCUGGGAGGUGGAUUUCCCACUCUACGACCCCCCUGCCUACUCAGCCGACCACAAGGACAUGGCUGUGCAGGACCCCUUCAGCCUCUCCUUGGAGUCUCUCCUGAAGAUCAACUACAACACCAUGGACGGGCUGAUCGACCGGCAGAGCUUCCACGGGCUCUACGCUGUGCAGGAUGGGCUGCCACUGAACCCCAUGGGCAGGACGGGGCUGCGAGGCCGUGGGAGGCUGCACUGCUUUGGGCCCAACCAUGCCCUGCACCCUGUUGUGACCCGCCAGUGUGACCACUGCUGGGCAGAGGGGAGCCAAGUCCAGCUGCAGCAUGGCAGGGGCCUCUCUCACAGCUGGAGGAGGAAUUUGGAUGGGUCCAUUAUAAGGAAGAGCCUGAAGAAGAUGCUGGAAGUCCUGGUGGCCCAAUAUCCAUUGUCAGAUGUCUGGGCUCUGCCUGGGGGGUCACUGGAGCCGGGUGAGACACUGCCACUGAAGCUCAAGUGGAUCCUGCGCCGGGAGUUCUGGCCCCAGUUCCAGAACCUGCUGAAACAAGGCACUGAGGUACACAAGGGGUACCUCGACGACCCACGCAACACAGAUAACGCCUGGGUGGAGACGGUCGCCAUCAGCGUGCACUUCGACACCCAGAACGACGUGGAGAUGAAGCGGCUGAAUUCGUUCCUCCAGGGCUGCGACCCAGAGCUGUGCAUCCGCUGGCAGGUGCUGGACAAGAGGAUCCCCCUGCACGCCAACCACAAGGAGCUCCUGCACAAGGUCUCAACCCUCCUUGGUGCCUACUACUGAGGCCUCAUGCACAGGCCAGGGCUCCUGCUGCCCCAGACCAGGGUCUGGCUGGGACCUGCAGCUCCACCCCAGCUCACCUGUGAGAACAUGGGAGCUGCUGGAGUUGAGGUACUCUAGGUGCCUCUGUGAAUGUAUGCUGCAGGUGGCUGGGAGGAAAAGUGUCCCCUCCCUGGGGGCAGGGGCUGCCUGGGCAGUGCAUCCCAGUCACCUGAGCCACCAAGCUCAGCCCCAGCUUGUGUCUUGGUGCUUCCACAUCAGCCCACAGCACUGGCCCGAAGCUUGGGCCACACAGAGCCACAGGGCUUUUGCUGUGAGAUGGUCCUUCUGUCCACUCCAACCUGCUCUUGGCUUUGGGAUGGGCACUGAGGGCUCACCCAUCCCAGCUAUCCCUCUGCCAGAAUAUCCAUCAUUGCUCCCUGCUCCUUCUCUGAGCCCUGGCAGCCCCACUGCCACAGAUCCCAAAGCAUUGCUCUGGACAAGGCUUGGAGUCACUCCUGUGGUCGCUGUACCCAUAUCUCUGGUUGCCUCAGACCCAACAACAUGGUCCUGAGCUGUGAUCCAGCACUUCUGAAAGUGUGGGCAGCUCUUGACUCAUAUACCUAUGGUUUCAUAGCUCUGCACAGGCCCACCUGCCAUGCCCCAAACUGAUACGUGAUCCUGCGUGUGUAUGCUGAGCACUGGCUUGUAGCUAAACUUCCUUCCUCCCUCUGAGCCAAGGCCCCAGCUAAACGUCACCUGCCUGUCCCCAUCUCCUCGUGCACAUGGAUGGAAAGGGGCAGCUUGCUGGGACACGGGUGAUCCAUGCCCUGUGGUUCCUUGGGCAGGCAGGGACAGGAGAGGGGACAUCCCUGUCUAUCCCUGCUUUAAAGGGUCUUUCAUUCACAUUUUCUGUUGCCUGCCAUGGGGGGAACAAGGCACAGUGGACACAUUUUUUGAUCAUCCAGAAGAGCCUCACGGUGGCAUGUUAUGCCUGGGACUGCUCAGGAAGGGAUUUCAGGUCCCCCACCUUCUCCCAGUGGAUCAGACACUGGCAGCCAAGGCUGCUCAUCCCACACUGGUGGCCACCACAGCACAACUGCAGUUUCACCAGUGACGCAUUGGGGUUUGGCAAGGGGAGGAGGCUCAGUCUGGCAAUGUAUUCAACCCAGCUCAAUAAACCAUGUAUUAAACAA